AGAGUGGGCGUGUCAUCGGAGGUGACGUUUCCGGAAGCUCCGACUGUUAUCCUUCACGAAAGAAAAGACAUUAUUGGUCCAAUGUCUGACCAUGGGGAUGUGAGCCUCCCACCCCAAGACCGGGUGAGGAUUCUAUCCCAACUUGGGAGUGCAGUGGAAUUAAAUGAAGACAUUCCACCCCGACGCUACUAUCGCUCCGGUGUUGAGAUUAUCCGCAUGGCAUCCAUUUACUCUGAAGAAGGCAACAUUGAACAUGCCUUUAUCCUCUACAACAAGUACAUCACGCUUUUCAUUGAAAAACUUCCAAAACACCGAGACUACAAAUCAGCUAUCAUUCCUGAGAAGAAAGAUGCAGUCAAGAAAUUAAAGAAUGUUGCUUUCCCCAAAGCAGAAGAACUUAAGGCCGAACUCUUGAAAAGAUACACCAAAGAAUAUGAGCAGUAUAAAGAACAAAAGAAAAAGGAAGAGGAGGAACUUGCCCGGAAUAUCGCCAUCCAGCAAGAGUUGGAAAAAGAAAGACAGAGAGUUGCCCAGCAGAAGCAGAAGCAGUUAGAGCAGGAGCAGUUCCAUGCCUUUGAGGAAAUGAUCCAGAAGCAGGAGCUGGAAAAAGAGCGGCUAAAAAUUGUCCAAGAGUUCCGGAAGGUGGACCCUGGCCCAAGUGGGCCUCUGCUACCUGAUCUGGAAAAGCCUUGUGUAGAUGUGGCCCCCACCUCACCCACGCAGACUUCAGACUGUAACAGAACCGUGAGACCAGCUAAGCCACCCGUGGUGGACAGGUCCCUGAAGCCUGGAGCACUAAGCGUUAUAGAAAAUGUUCCCACCAUUGAAGGCCUACGCCACAUUGUGGUGCCCCGCAAUCUGUGCCCGGAAUUUCUCCAGCUUGCCAGUGCCAAUACUGCCAAAGGCAUUGAAACUUGUGGAGUCCUCUGUGGAAAAUUGAUGAGAAAUGAAUUUACAAUCACACAUGUUCUCAUCCCCAGACAAAAUGGUGGGCCCGAUUAUUGUCACACAGAGAAUGAAGAAGAAAUUUUCUUUAUGCAGGAUGAUCUUGGACUCCUCACGCUUGGCUGGAUCCAUACUCACCCAACCCAGACGGCCUUCCUGUCCAGUGUGGAUCUGCAUACUCACUGCUCCUAUCAAAUGAUGUUGCCAGAGUCUAUAGCAAUUGUCUGCUCCCCCAAGUUCCAGGAAACUGGAUUCUUUAAGUUAACUGAUUAUGGCCUCCAAGAGAUUUCCACCUGCCGGCAGAAAGGCUUUCACCCUCAUGGCAGAGACCCCCCUCUGUUCUGCGACUGCAGUCACGUCACUGUCAAGGACAGGAUUGUGACCAUCACGGACCUUCGGUAAAUCUCAGUCACCAUCCGGGGAGAUGGCUCCUUGGGUAAAGGCACUUGCCUCCAAGGCCAGCAGCCCAGGUUCAUUUCCUUGGACUUCCCACAUGAUGGAAGGAGAGCAACUUCCCCCAAGUUGUCCUUUGACCUCAACUUGUGCACUGUGGUAUGUGCGCAUGCACACACACACACACACACACACACUAAAUAAAUAGAUGUAAUUUACAAAGUCUUACCCUCCUCCUGAGCUACAUGCCCUGAUCAUUUUACUAUCCUCACCCCCAUGAAAAAAAAAAACUUUUAAGACAGAAUAGGAAAGGAUCAACACCAAUGGGUGACUGUUGGUCUUUUUUUAAUUUAUUUGAAAAUAAGUCAUUUUAUUUUUUUAAAGCAAAUCUGAAAAUGAGCAAAUCACACCAAACAACUAACUCAAAAAUUAGGAUGCAAGAGAAAGUACCUCUAUGCCCUCUUUAAAUCCGAGCACUGGCCUUUUUUGUCCCUGUUGUGACUUACCUUCCAACUUAUUCAUCUCUACCUUUGGACUAAAUAAGGGCAUCUCUGCAAAACUGUGAAAGCCAUUUUGGAAGGAUUUGGCUUUUUCUUGUUUGUGGCAUUACUGAGGGAGCUUAUCACUUUGGUGGGAAGUACAUGAGGAGCUCACAACCACCCAUAAGUUGAUUUUGUUUUUAAAAAAGAAGUCUGUUAUUUAAUUUAAAAGGUUAUGUUAUUUUCUUCUGUAAUAAAACAGCUCACUGUGUUGUGCUCUGGA